GUUAAUGACUGCGUCAGUAGGACGCGCGCCGUGGGAAGGCUGACCAGCCUCAUGGCUGCGGGUUGCUCAGAGGCUUCACGGCCAAAGGCGGCCUCGGAAGGGCCGGGGGUGGGACCGGCCGGUGUCUUGCCUUGCCUAGAACUGCCGACCUAUGCGGCCGCUUGUGCGCUGGUGAGCAGCCGCUACUCCUGCCUCGUGGCGGGGCCGCACCGGAGACACAUCGCAUUGUCGCCGCGCUACCUUAACAGGAAACGCACCGGUAUCCGAGAACAGCUGGAUGCGGAACUCCUGCGUUAUUCCGAGAGCCUUUUAGGUGUACCCAUUGCCUAUGAUAACAUCAAAGUAGUGGGUGAACUAGGAGAUAUUUAUGAUGAUCAAGGACACAUUCAUCUUAACAUUGAAGCAGAUUUUGUUAUUUUCUGCCCUGAACCAGGGCAAAAGCUUAUGGGUACAAUUAAUAAAGUGUCUUCCAGCCAUAUUGGCUGUUUAGUACAUGGGUGCUUCAAUGCCUCCAUUCCUAAACCCGAGCAGAUGCCAGCUGAGCAGUGGCAGACUCUGGAGAUAAAUGUGGGUGAUGAACUAGAAUUUGAAGUAUUUCGUUUAGACUCAGACGCUGCUGGAGUAUUCUGCAUUCGUGGGAAAGUAAAUGUUUCUAGUUUACAAACCAAAUGCCCUGCUAUUCCUGAAGUAACAGAAACUGCCACCGAAGAAGCGGCUGUUGAGAAACCUCCAAAGAAGAAAAAGAAAAAGAAGAAAGACCCAGAGCCACGUGAAGCAGAAGAUGGUACCUCAGAGCUAACAGAUUUUGUUGAUGUUACCAUUAAGGAAGAGACAGAUAGCCAGAUUAAUAACAUUGUAAACGGUCUCUUGGAGAAAGAGCCAAAGAAGAAAAAGAAAAAGAAGAAAAAGCACCAAGGAGAUCAGGACCAGGACCCUGUUUUUCAAGGCAGUGACUCCAGUGGUUACCAAAGUGACCAUAAAAAGAAAAAAAAAAAAAGAAAGGAGGCCGAAUUUACACCACUUUCGGAACACGCACCUAAAAAGAAAAGGGAAAAGUAACUUUCUUUAGUGAUCUCUUAAGUAAGAUUUGAUUUUUAAAAGAUUGGUAUACACACUAUAGAUGACUAAAUGUUUUGAAUUAUAAGAAAUGUUUUGUAUUCCAGUAUUUUGCAAAACAGGAAACAUCGGAUUAGGAGUUGAGUUUUUGGUGCUAAAAUAACAAGACUGAUUACUAAUUUGGGAAAUAACUGUUAUUAAAGUGCCAUUUAUUGUACACAGAAUAGAAUGGUAAGAGCUGCUUUCACUCUCAUUCUUCUAAGCAUAUACAUUCUAAAAAUGAUUUCUUCAGUCUAAAAGACUAGUAAAAAGACUUUAUAAUACAGUGUUAAUAUAAAGAAUGAGUUCUGAGGUUGAGUUUUUGGUGGUUUUCUUUUUAAAUAGGUUUCAUGAUAGUAUAUGCCAUGUUAUUUUGAUUUGUUUACAUUUCAUCAUGUCUACUAUAAUAAUACUGUUGUUUAACUUGGAAUGGUUUGCCAAAGCAAUUUCUGAAGUUUCCAGAGCCCUUAAGAACCUGGCCACUACUGACUGUGUGAUAGGAAGCAGUAUUCACUCUUCUUCCCUUUGAGGUGCAUGGGAUGAUUUUUUUUUUUUUCUCUUAGUCUAAGAGGCUUGUUCACUUGUGCCUCCCCCAUUCUGCUUUUGUUUUGUGUUGUAGGAAGGAAAGUCUUAGUAAGAUAGAAUAAAUGUGAUUCUGACCAGUGGGGUAUUUCCCAAGUUACUUUUUAAUAAUUGAGUUAAGCUGCUAGAAACUGUUGUGAAGAGAAAACAGCUGUUCACUGUGAAAAUGUGGAACUAUUAGAAAACAUGAGUAAUGAAUUGACAGGCUGGUUCAGGCUGAUAAUCAAUGCAAGGUCAUAUUCAUCCAUUUAACUGGUAUUUGAUCAUCUACUAUGUGUAAGCACAGUCAUAGCAUGUUUCCCUUAUGGAAUGUCAUAGGAGAAACAGAUGCACAUAUACAAUAGAAGAAAAUACAGAAAUGUAGUAAUUAUGGCAAGUGCCAUAAAGAAAAAGAUUGUCUACUCACUGUUAGUCUCUCAUAGCUGCUUUUGUUGCCAUUUAUCUGGUAUCCGACAUAGUUCUGGUCUUAACAUCAUUUAGUUUUUGUUAAUGUAUAAAUUCUACUAGUGGUAUAUCUUGAUCCAAAUCUGUAAUGAUAGAAUACAGAAUUUGGAGAGUGGCAGUCAUUCACAGUGUUUGUCAAUUAUCAGAAGUGCCAGACAAUGGAAAUAUGCAGGCCAGUAUCGUUCCUUAUUAAGUUUCAUGUGGGAAUUUAGCCCUUGAAAUGGGGCUAGUCCAAAUUGAGAAGUGGUAUUAGUAUAAAAUACACAUCAGGUUUUGAAGCUGUACGAAGAAUGUAAAAUAGUUCAGUUUUGUAUACUGGUGACAUUACAAUAUUUUUGGAAUAGUAGGGUAAAUAAAAUGUUGAAAUUGUU